UACCCAAUACAGUAAUGGCUAUCAGGCUUUAAGUACUGUCUAUCAGGCUUUAAGACACAGAUUGUUUUGUGAACUCCACUCCAGCUCUCUUUGUUUCCUGGUUCGCGACCAGGUCAUCUCAAGUUUCUUGCUUUGUAAGGAUUUAUGAUGGCGGUUGACCUACACAGCAGAGUUGAUGAAGAGUUGGUGCCUCUUCAGUUGUUAACUGGUGAAGAAGAUAACAAUCUUGCUCCUUCAAUAAACAAACCCAUCAAUUACCAAGACUGGUCUUACUGGUCUGCUUUAUCUGAUUCCGGUUCUGCCUUUAGUUCACCGAUUGACUCUGAACUUGGUUCCUCCGAGUGCAGCGAAGAAUUAGAAGAUGACGAUUACAUUGCCGAGUUAACUCGCAAGAUGGCUCUCUACAUGCUUCAAGAUGAUGACAAUCAUGAACUGGAUAAUAGGUCUUGCUCAAACCAAGAAGAUUUGCUUGUGAUGGAAAAGUUUGAGAAGGAGAAGGUGAGCGAAGAUGUGCCUAAAUACGUCGAUAGAGAGAAAAUUUCAAGCCCAUCUACAGAACCCACGUCAGAAUCUGGAAUUGAGAAGAACCCGGAAUUCGAGUUUCAAUCAAAGCAAGCUCUUAUUGAUAAGCAAAUACAGUUCUACACGCUUAAACAAGAAGAGGACAUGAAGCAACAGUGGGGCAGAAAACUCAAUGAGAAUAAACAAAAGGGGAACAAACGAAGAGCUUGUGGUGGGUUUCUAGGCCAGAAAACAAGCCACGGUCGAAUUAAAUCAGACAUGAGAGCAGUUUUUCUUGAUCAUCAAACUGGUUCAAGAACAGGGUGUUCUGGGACAGGCGUGUUCUUGCCUCGGGCAAUUGACAAUACUACUUCUGAUUCACGCAGAAAAACAGGAUGUCCCACUGUUCUUAUACCAGCAAAAGUGGUGCAGGCCCUGAAACUCCAUUUCGACAAAAUGGGUUCUCCGGCAAGAACAAAUGGGAUUAAUUUCCAAGCUCCAGCUUCACAGCACAGGCAGUCACGGGCUGUGCCGCCAGCCACAAGCGAUCAAGAGAUGGGUCUGCCUCAAGAAUGGACAUAUUGAUCGUCUCCUAGUCACAUGCCCCCUUCUGUGUUCUGAUAUUAUUAGUCGUUUUGGCAGAUUCUGCUCAAGAAAUAAUAAGAAAAGAGGAAAAACAGGGGGACUAGUUAUUGGUCAAAUAAAGGGAAUCUUAUAUAGCAUGAGAUAGAAUAAAUCAAAGUUUGUGUAACUUUCCAAGUGUGGCUGAAGGAGUAGUUAAAUUUGAAUAUUUGUGGAUAUUAUUGUAAUAAUUCAGCUGUCGCCAUAGUUAUCUGCUUGUGGUGGCUUAUGUAUUCCCCUGUUCUGUAAUGAAAUUCUUGUUUUUUGUAUA